CGCGCCCCUCUACGACCCAUUCCCCGCGAUUUGCUGUUGGAAACGGACGGACUACCGCCUCAUCAUAUAUCGAUACACCUCUAAUUAUGGCUGUCUUUGCCAUCAACGACCGAACGGAAGAGUUCCGACAGAUUGUUGCGGCUGCCCAGCGUAGGCAGGCCACAAAGCCGGGAAAGCAGCGACUUCUGGACACCGCUCAACAACAUGCUGCCAGCAGCGAUGCCCAGCCCAGAAGGUCUGAGUUUGCGAGGGGGGCUGCAGAGAUUGGAAGGGGUAUCUCUGCGACAAUGGCCAAGCUGGAAAAGCUAGCACAGCUGGCCAAGAAGAAGACUCUUUUCGAUGACAGGCCUGUCGAAAUCAACGAGUUGACCUUCGUCAUCAAGCAAGACCUGUCUUCGUUGAACGAGAAGAUCAGGAACCUGCAAGAUCUCUCUAGACGUCUGCACCCGAAGCCCGACCAAGAAGGGGAGAACAACAAAAACAUUCUCCUGCUCCUACAGGGCAAGCUGGGAGAUGUUGGUGCUAAUUUCAAGGACGUGCUCGAAAUCAGAACCAAGAACAUUCAGGCGUCGAGGUCGAGGACUGAGAACUUCGUCUCGUCAGUAGGUCAGCACGCACAUGCUUCCUUGCAACAAUCUGCGUCACCUCUAUACGGCACGCCUAGUAGGGGAACGCCAGCGCCAGGGCAGCAAGAUCUGAUCUCGCUGAACCCGAUGGGAGAUCAGCAGAUGCAGCUCCAGAUGUUGGAGGAAGGCCAAAACACCUACGUCCAACAACGAGGGCAAGCGAUCGAGGCUAUUGAGUCGACUAUCAAUGAGCUGGGUUCCAUUUUUGGGCAGCUCGCGGCCAUGGUCAGCGAACAAUCUGAGAUGAUACAAAGAAUUGAUGCCAACACAGAGGACGUGGUAGAGAACGUCGAAGGCGCGCAAAAAGAACUGCUCAAAUAUUGGAGCCGUGUUUCAAGUAAUAGAUGGCUCUUAGCCAAGAUGUUUGGUGUUUUGAUGAUUUUCUUCCUUCUCUGGGUAUUAAUUGCCGGGUAGACGGCAGUUUUGGCGGCGUUUCAGUAAUAUUAUACUUCUUCUUUAUAAUGCAUGCAGAGGCGUCUCUUGUAGACUUUAUGCAUUAAUUAUACAUUUUCUCUUCCUCA